CUCUCUCUCUCUCUCUCAAUCACCUCCUCCUCCUCCCCCUUCUUCUCCUCCCUCCUCUUUUCUCUCAACCCCACCACCCAAAAACUCAAGAAAAAGAGUCCUCAAUUGAGUCCCCAAAAGCCUUGCUUCCUUCUUUUUAGUCUAAUGACAUAAAAAAUAAGGAAACUAGAUACAAGCAAACAAAACAUGGAGCAAAGUAGCAAAUAAGAAGCAAGCAACACCAACCCUUUUUUCUCCUCUCUUCCUCUCCCAUCUCAAACCCUUGUUCCUCCCCCCCUCUCUUUCUGAUCUGCUCCAGGCAGGUCUGGUUUUUCUUCCCAGGCCUCCUUUAACAUGGAGUACACAUCAAGGACUCAAGAACCAAUCAGAGAUUACCACCACCAUCAUCAGAAGCCGCCUCCUUCGUACUCUCCACUAAACUCCCCCACCAGCAAUGGCAGCAGCAAUAAUAACAACAACAAUAACUCCGGAGUUCAAACUCCGACGACCCCCAAACUGACCCCCAGAUCUGAAUCCAACCCUUACGCCACCACCUUCGUCCAGGCCGACUCCUCCAACUUCAAACACGUCGUUCAAAUGCUCACCGGCUCUUCAGAGACCACAACAAAGCAGCUGCAGCAAACUAACAAGCACACACAGGAAUCGUCCUCGUCCUCAUCCCCUCUCUCGUCGUCGUCCAAGAACUUCACCAUCCCUCCGGUGAAGACGGGGCAGAAGAAGCAGCAGAGCUUCAAGCUCUACGAGAGGAGGAGCCAGAACCUCAAGAACAGCCUCAUGAUCAAUACCCUCAUGCCCAAUUUCGCCCACCAUCGCAGCCAAGCCUCUUCUGGGUUCUCGCCACGUCACCCGAAGGAGAUCUUGUCGCCGAGUCUGCUCGACUUUCCGUCGCUGACGCUCAGCCCUAUCACUCCAUUAAACGACGAACAUUUCGACAAGUCGGCGUCGGCGUCGUCGCCGUUGGGGAACUCCUCGGAGGAGGAUCGGGCUAUAGCCGAGAAGGGUUUUUACUUGCACCCUUCUCCGAGAACGAGUUCCGAUACUCCCAGAGAGCCCGAGCCCCGGCUUCUGCCAUUGUUUCCGGUCACUUCGCCUAGAGUUUCGGGGUCGUCGGCUUCUUGAUCUCCAAUCCAAGAAUAUAAAGAGAAGUGUAAACUAUUUUGAGUGUUAUUGGGUUUUGGAUUGGUCUUUCAAUCUCACAGGUACUGAUCUUUAUGUUCUAAAUUGUACAAUUUGAUAUCUUUCUUCCAUAAAAAUGGUGAAAAGAGCAGGCCUUUUGUUCUU